GUAAAGUUCAGUUAAAAGUUUUAAAGCUGAGUUUUAAUUGAUUUAAAAGCACGCCAUCUCUCGCUUUCAAAAGCUAAUGCUUUAAGCUAACACAUGCUUUCAUUUCAUUUCAUUUCAUUUCAUCAUCUCAUCUCAUUGACUUACCUAGUUUUUAUACUUUAGUUUUCUUUAUUUUUACCUGUUUUUUAGUUUAGUUUUUUGUUUAAUUUGAAAAUUUCUAAUUAUGUGCCACCAGUUGCCUUUAAACAGGCCUAAAAAAAUUUUCAUCGAACCUGAACUCGCUCUUCGGAGAUUCAAAGAAGAUGAAAAAGUCAAUAUUUUUGAAAAUGCGAGUUCUGUGCUGAUUUCAAAUUAUAUCCAGAAAUAUAAAGGUGAUUUUGAAUCUUUUGAGAAAUUAAAUUGCAGCUUCAAAUACAACAAUAAAUCUAUCAACGUUGUUGAAUUAAGUGUUAUAUUUCGUGGUGAAAAUUUGAAAUAUUCUGGUGUAGCCUCUACAAAGACAUUGGCAAUGGCUAUAGCGUCAUCAAAGAUGUUGGAAAAAAUAAGAUCAAUUGAUUCUUAUAUUUUUAUGCCAAAGUUUUGUAUCGGUCUUCCCAACUAUCGAGGACACUGCUUUUUCGUUCCAGUUUUUGUACCCCUGUUCAACGAUAGUGAUUUUGUUUUUGCCCUAUUAAAAGCCUUUGAAGUCUCAACACAAGUCAUAAUUGAAAACAAUAUCCAAAAGCCAGAAAAAAACAAAGAUGAAUCUCUGUUCCUUUGGACUAGAGUUAUAUAUAAUUUUUUCAGUUCCUAUUCUAAGGCUAGUCAAGAAGGAGAAAUUAUUAUAAAACAUCACCCAAAAAAUAUUCAAAGAGCUUACCCUGAAAUUUACACCCAAGCUAUGGAUCAGUGUUUCAAGCAAGCUGGCUAUAAAAAUGAUCUUGAAGUUGAUCGGCGUUUGAUGAAAGUCGUUAUACAAUUAGCAGAACAUGUUUGGAAUGACUACAAAACGCCAGGUGGCUUUUCUUGGAGGUUGUACGAACAUGUCGUUACCAAAAUUAAUAGUGAAUUUUAUGCCGCUCUUUUACCAUCACCUUUCACAGAUGUCCUAUUCACUACAUAUUUAUUUGAAUACAAAUGCGACAAAUGUGCUGCUUCUCUUCGUCGCAAAGUUGUUACGCCUUUCUUGAAUAUUCCAACUGUACAUUCGUAUUAUCAAAGUUUACAAGAUUUCUUUGAUGAGCCAAGCUCAUUUAUCAACUUUCAAGAGCUUCAGUGUUCCCACAAGAAACAAGGUACAAAAGCUUGUGGAAGCCCAAUUACAGACACGAUUAGUCGUUUUAAGUUUAUCAAACUACCAAAGACUCUAGUAAUCAAAGCUGUUGGCUAUAUUGGUGGGCUUUACAAAGUUGAAGUUCCUGAAACUCUAAAUAUUGUUGUAGACACUGAGGUAAAAAAAUAUGUUAAAGUCGCUUAUAGCUUAGAUUAUGAAGUUUGGAACCGUGGAACUUCUGGUAAACUAAAAUCGCUGAGAAUGAUUGAGCCUGAACAAGGAGAUGAAUCUGCAGGAAAGCACGCUAUAGCAAUGGUAAAGACUUCUGAAGGAUAUUUUGAGAUAAACAAUAGUCAUGUUUUUGAACCUUUAAAAUAUUUUACUCAUGCAAUCGACGACACUCUAGUUUUUUAUAAAGAAGAUGAUCUCAAUCAAUUUAUACCUCAUGUAGGAAACUACUAUAAAAAUAAUGGAGAAAAAGUAAUGGCAACUGGUCAGCAAAAAGCUGAUAAAAAUGAAGAUAAUGAUGAUGAUUCAUCUGUAAUGGAUUGGUUUGAAGAUUGAGCCAAAAAUUUUUUCUCUGUAAUUCAAAAAAUUGUAUUUCCAUUUCCCUCUUUUUCAUUCAAUGUUGUUUUUUGUUUCAUUUUUCAUUUUCAUUUUUCAUUUUUUGUAAGACUUUCAAAUUUACGUUUAUUACAUAUUUCAGUGGCAAAUAAAUUCAUUUCCAUGAACCAAAAGUUUAUUCUUGUUAAUGAUUCUUCAGUUGUAUUGAACAGUGUUUCAUCUACAAUAAAUGCCUUCAAUCAAGAACAAAUGCUUGGUAUUUUAGCU